AUGGCAAAAGUGGAUUUGCUGUUUGAUGACUUCGCUACCGCUCUGGCCGAAGGCAAUGGCUACAUGCUAGCCGACUGCAUCUCCCCAGAACCACCUGCCCACGACCCAGGCCGACUUUACCACUUUCGCAACGGCAUCAACCAGUUCAGCGUUCGCACCGACCUCCAGUAUAAGCUCCAAUACAACCCUGUUCUCAGGCUCGACAAGAAAGAGGCGACCGCUUGGCUCGAAGUCUUUACCGUCUACCACAAAUUCGUCGGAACCCUUCUGCAAGCAGAAGAGCAGCGAAAUGUUGGUCAUGCCAACGAUGCCGACUGGGGAAAGGUCUACGACAGUUGGAAAGAUGUUGUGAACGCUCUCUAUAGGGGCUAUCAGGGCGGUGCUUUCUCUGCAUGGACAAUUCCCUGUCUGUACGUUGGUGGUCGGUACCUACGAAUCUUUGCCAUCAAAGCGGAUGAAAGAACUGCAAGCCAGCGCGAAAGUGGAUUGGGAUUCGGCGGCAUCAACGAAGAAGACGCCUUCGACCCGAGCAGCUCCAAUGACAAGCUCGAAGAUGCCGGACGCCAGAUCAAUCGCAUCUUUGGUCUGUGUAUUGGUGAUCGUAACCCGCUCGAAGACUCACGCAAGUGGGCGCUUUACUACGUUGCAACUCUCCUCUUCAAAACGCACUUCAAACUCAACCACAUCUCCCUCUCGAAGAACAUUUUGCGAUCGCUUCGUGCUACCACCAGCGACAUGCCGCCGUUGUCAAACUAUCCGAAAAGCCACCAAAUCCCUUUCAUGUACUACUGCGGCGUCAUACACUUCCUGGACGAAGACUACAGCGCGGCAGAAGAGCAUUUGACAGCGGCAUACGAGAUGUGCCAUGCAAAGGCGCACAAGAAUAUACAGCUGAUACUGACCUACCUGAUCCCUACCAAGCUCCUGACUUCACACAAGCUACCAUCUUCGAAGCUGCUCUCCCAAUACCCAUCAUUGGCACGACUAUUCCAACCGUUAUGUGACUCAAUUCGAACAGCGAAUUUGUCGGCGUUCAACACAGCACUCGAGCAGGGCGAGGAAGAGUUCGUCAAGCGUCGCAUCUACUUGACCUUGGAGCGUGGCAGAGAUGUCAUUCUCCGCAACAUUUUCAGGAAGAUAUUCCUCGCGGGUGGAUUCGAAGCUCCAAAAGAAGGCGAUCCUGGACCGCCCGUAAGGAGAACAAGAGUACCCGUGGGCGAAUUUGCGGCUGCUCUUCGCCUGGCAGGUGCAGAGGUUGGGGAUGGUGACGGUGGUAUCGACAACGACGAGGUCGAGUGCCUGAUAGCCAACGCUAUCUACAAGAACUUGAUGAAGGGCUACAUCGCACGGGAACGUCGAAUUGUGGUGCUCAGCAAAGGUGGCGCUUUUCCGGGCACGGAUGUAUGA